AUGAAAGCCGAGCACGGGGUGUCGGCGCUGCCAAACUACGCGAACUGGGUGCAGAAGCGGCGGCACGGGCGGAACGAGGUGACGAAGCGGAUACGCACGCUGUACCGGCGGGCACGACGGUUCGUGCUGCGCAUCCAGGAGAUCCCGGCGAGCGCGGACGGGCGGCAUGUGGAGCUGGACGCGUUCCGGAAGCGGGCGCGGGUGGACGAGCGGACGGGGCGAGAGUACGUGGGGAACACGAUCCGGUCGACGCGGUACACGGCGUGGAACUUCGUGCCGCGGCAGCUGUUCGCGCAGUUUUCGAAGCUGGCGAACUUCUAUUUCCUGAGCGUGUCGAUCUUACAGAUGAUUCCCGGGCUGAGCACCACGGGGACGUAUACGACCAUCGUGCCGCUGCUAGUGUUCGUCAUGCUCGCCAUGGCGAAGGAGGGGUACGACGAUCUGCGGAGGUAUCGCUUGGAUAAGGGGGAGAACAAUCGCGAUGCACAGGUGUUGCAUGCGUAUGAGCCGACGUCCGCGCAGGUGCCGGACGGUCCACCGAAGUCGCCGAGCCAUGGCCCGUUGGUGUGGGCGGCGACGAAGUGGCGGGACCUGAAGGUCGGCGAUAUCGUUCGGCUGGAGCGAGACGACGCGGCCCCGGCCGAUCUGGCGCUGCUGCAUUCGGACGGACCGAACAACAUCGCAUACAUUGAGACCAUGGCGCUGGACGGCGAGACGAACCUGAAAACCAAACAGGCCGCGCCAUCGGUCGCGAAAUCAUGCACGGAUUUGGAGGCGAUUGCGGCAUGUCGCGCCAAAUUCGUCGUCGAGGACCCCAACCUCGACCUCUACAACUUCGAGGGCCGCGUCACCGUGGACGACGAGACGGCGCCGUUGACCAAUAAUGAGAUCGUGUACCGUGGCAGCAUCCUCCGGAAUACCCCUGAAGCCAUCGGGAUGGUCAUCUACUCGGGCGAGGAGUGCAAGAUCCGGAUGAACGCGAACAAAAACCCGCGUAUCAAGGCGCCGCAGCUGCAGGCGAUCGUGAACAAGAUCGUCAUCGUCGUGGUGGUCUUCGUGAUCUUGCUCGCCCUCUUUAAUACCGUGGCCUAUCAGAUUUGGAAAAACCGCCACGAGAGCCGGUCAUGGUACCUCGAGAACGCGCGCGUCGCAUUCUUUCCCAUCCUCGCGUCGUUCAUCAUUAUGUUCAACACGCUAAUUCCCCUGUCGCUCUACGUCAGCUUGGAGAUCAUCAAGUUGGCCCAGAUGUAUUUCUUGAACGAUAUCGAUAUGUACGACGAGGUCUCCAACACCCCGUGCGAGCCCCGAACCUCGACGAUCAACGAAGAGCUCGGCCAAGUCAGCUACAUCUUCUCGGACAAGACUGGCACCCUGACGGACAAUUCCAUGAAGUUUCGCAAGAUAUCGGUGGCCGGAACUGCGUGGCUACACGACGUGGACCUCGUCGAGGGGGAGUGCGGGAAGAAGAAGCUGAUGCACAAGAAGCGCAAAGGCAAAAGCCUGCGGGCGGAGCAGAAAUCACGCUUGUCGGAGAGCGGAAAACGCCUACCCGCCGACAAAUCCGGUACCGACGCCAUCGUCGACGCCGACGUCCCACCCGAGUCCUCCGCCUGGAAAUCCAGCGCUCGACCAGCCAAAUCACAACCGGAGCUCCGUACGCGAGAGCUCAUUCGAUAUAUUCAACGGCGCCCCAACACCUUAUUCGCGCGCAAGGCACGCAUGUUCCUCCUCUCCAUCGCCCUCUGCCACACCUGUCUCCCCGAGAAACAACCCGACGGCACCGUCGACUUCCAAGCGUCCUCCCCCGAUGAGAUCGCUCUCAUCCGCGCUGCACAGGAGCUCGGCUACCUCGCCAUCAACCGCGACGCCUACACCCUCACCCUUACCCACCCUCACCCCGACGGCAGCCCCACCCCCAUCACCCAACGCUACGACAUCCUCGAUAUCAUCGAGUUCUCCUCCCGCCGCAAGCGCAUGUCUGCUGUCGUCCGUUUCCCCGACGGCCGCGUCUGCGUGCUCUGCAAGGGCGCCGACUCGGUUGUCAUGCAGCUGCUGAAGAACGCGGCGCUUGCGAACCAGAAGGUCGUGGAGAUCGAGGGGCGCGCAAACCGCCGGAAGAGCCUGGAGGCGCAGUUCGCCAUCCAGCGGCGGAGCGAGCAGCUCGCGCGCGAGGUGAGCGUUACGCGGCCGAGCUUGAGUCUGAGCUUAGGGCGGCCCAGCGUCGGGGGACUGAGUCGGCCGAGCAUGAGUCUCAACGUGGGGCGGCCAAGUUUCGGCGGGCUGAGUCGGCCGAGCAUGAGCGGGGGGCGGCUACGGCCGAUUCGCGAUACGUUGGACGAUUGGUUGACGGAGCGGGAAACGGAUGUGGAUGCGUCGAAUUUGGAGAGCCAUGCGCCGUAUUACUCGCCGCGGCCGUCGGCGCAGUUGGGGCGGCCGUCGAUGGUGGGGUCGGAGGCGCGGAGUUCCAUGCAAUUGGACGAGAUGGACGAUCUCGUGGAGGAGGCCAUGGUCGCGGACGAGGCGGCCGUGUUCGAACGAUGUUUCCAGCAUAUCAAUGACUUCGCGACCGAGGGACUGCGGACGCUACUCUACGGGUUCCGGUUCUUGACGGCAGACGAAUACAGUACCUGGAAGAAGGUCUACCUCGACGCAACUACCAGUCUCGUGGACCGCCAGAACAUGAUCGAGCAAGCCGGCGAGCUCAUCGAAACCGACCUCGAACUCGCCGGUGCAACCGCCAUCGAGGAUAAGCUACAAAAGGGCGUCCCCGAGGCAAUUGACAAGCUGCGACGUGCGAACAUCAAGAUGUGGAUGUUGACGGGCGACAAACGAGAAACGGCGAUCAAUAUUGGCCAUUCAUGUCGCCUUAUUAAGGACUAUUCCAUCGUCACGGUUCUCGACCAGGAGGCAGGCGAGGUCGAGCAGCACAUUGCGGCGGCGAUCCUAGGGAUCAACGACGGCAGCGUCGCGCACUCCGUCGUAGUCGUCGACGGGCAAACUCUCGCCACGAUCGAGGCCGACGCGCCCAUCCGCGCGCUAUUCUUCGACCUCGCCAUCCUCGCCGACUCGGUCGUCUGUUGCCGCGCCAGCCCGAGCCAGAAAGCCAGCCUGGUCAAAGCGAUCCGGAAACGUGUCAAGAAGUCCAUCACCCUCGCGAUCGGCGACGGCGCGAAUGACAUCGCCAUGAUCCAAGAAGCGCACGUCGGAAUCGGCAUUACCGGAAAAGAAGGCUUGCAGGCGGCACGGACGUCGGAUUACUCUAUCGCGCAGUUCCGGUUCUUGACCAAGCUGUUGCUCGUCCACGGACGGUGGAACUACGUGCGGACGUGCAAAUACACCGUCGGGACAUUUUGGAAAGAAAUGCUCUUUUACCUCACGCAAGCGCUGUUUCAGCGCUGGGCGGGAUACACGGGGACCAGUCUCUACGAGCCGUGGAGCUUGAGCAUGUUCAAUACGCUGUUCACCUCGCUACCCGUCAUUUUCAUGGGCAUUUUUGAAAAGGAUCUGGCGGCCUCGACGCUUCUGGCGGUGCCCGAGUUGUACAAUAUUGGGCAGCAGAAUCGAGGGUUCAACUUCAAGGUCUACUUGUGGUGGACGUUUAUGGCGUCGUGCGAGGCGAUGGUGGUGUAUUUCUGCAUGUUGGGGCUAUAUGGCCAAGCGGUGUUCACGAAGGAUCAGGGGCUUUGGGCGCUGGGUGACAUGACCUUCACUGCAGUGGUGAUUAUCAUCUCAUUGAAGAUGCAGGUCAUCGAAAUGCAUAACAAAUCCAUCGCCGUCGCUAUCAGCCUCUUCCUCUCUAUCCUCGCCUGGUUCCUCUGGAAUAUCAUCCUCGCCGCUCUCUACAAGGACAGCAACGACAAGAUCUACAACGUCAAAGGCGGCAUCUACUCCCGCUUCGGCACCAACCCAUCCUGGUGGCUCUCCCUCAUCCUCAUCAUUACCGCCGUCUUCAUCUUCGAGAUCGCUGUCUCCAGCCUCCUCUCCGCGUACCUCCCCAAUGAUGUCAACAUCUUUCAGCAGCUCGAGCAGGAUCUAGGCGUCCGCAAACGGUUCGAGGAGGCAGCGGCGGACGAGCUGCAGCAGGGGUGGGAUCGCGGGACGAAGAAGAGCAGCGUGGAGUUGGUCAAGGAGCGGGCGGAGGAAGCGGAGCGGGAGGGUCAGGUGCAGGAGAUUCUGCGGCAUCGGUUCGGGAGCGGUAGCGAGGGGAGGGAGGAUGGACGGUCGAGUAGGAGUGGGGAGGGGAACACCUUGGGCGAAACGAUGCGGAAGAGCGUGGAGUGGCAGGAGCGGAUGAAGAAGGCGUUUGGGAGCGUACAAUAA